GCCGGUGCACAAAAACCGGUGUGACUGCUGCCCGCCUGCCUAGGCAAGCAAGGCAACCGGUCCCCUCGCAACAACGCGGCCCCAGUCGCGCGCGCGAGGCCGACGCACGAAAGAAGCAGCAGCGACGAGCGGCUGCGACCGUAGCCCAAGCUGCCCCUCACACGUCCAGCGCUGCGGCGCAGCACCAACGAUACGAUGCCCGCGAGAGGAGGCGAGGAGGUCAUUAUCGACGAUUUUAAGAGCAGCGGCGCGCGGAGCCGCGUGCCGAGCCGCUUCCGCGACCGCCAGCCCGGCGAGCGGCCGCGCGCUUCUUCCAGAGAACGGCGCAGCGUCGGGGGCCGCCCGCGGCCGACGGGCGUGUCCACGACGUCCAGUCGAGGCACGUACCGCAUGGGCGAGACCGUCGAGGCGCGCUACAAGAACGGCAGCCAGUACUACAAAGGAAAUAUCGUGUCCGUCAACUCGAACGGGACCUACGACAUCCGCUACGACGACGGCGACGAGGAGCGCAACGUCUCGGCCUAUAAGAUUCGGAGGAAGGCCGGCGCCGCGGCUUCCACCAAACUAAGGGAAGGCGACGCCGUCGAGGCGCGCUACCGGGGCCGGGAAAAGUACUACAAAGGCAAGAUUUCGCGGGAUCGCAUGGAUGGGACGUAUGACAUUAACUAUGACGACGGCGAGAAGGAGUUACGGGUCGAGGAGCGGCUUAUCCGGAAGCUGUCGGACGACUCGAUCUCGCCGCGGCCGGCGUCCGACAAUUUCCGAGAGGGCGACAAGGUCGAGGCCCGCUAUAGAGGUAGGGAGAAGUACUACCCCGGCAAGAUUUCAAGAGAUAGAGGCGACGGGACCUACGACAUUGCCUACGACGACGGCGAGCGCGAGACGCGCGUCGAGGCCAAACUGAUAAGAUCGAAGGACGGCGGCGGCUCCUCCGAUAAGUUAAGGGAGGGUGAUGAAAUAGAGGCGCGCUACCGCGGCCGCGAGAAGUACUACAAAGGGACUAUAUCAAGAGACCGCGGCGACGGCACCUACGACAUUGCCUACGACGACGGGGAGAAGGAGACGCGCGUCGAGGAGCGUUUGAUCAGAAAGCGGGAGCGGGGCUCGUCGCGGUCGCGGUCGCGCGGCGCCGACGAUCGUCUCAGCGAGGGCGACAAGGUGGAAGCCGAUUAUCGGGGCCGGGGCAAGUUCUACCCCGGCAAAAUCACGAGGGACCGCGGCGACGACACGUACGACAUCGCCUACGACGACGGCGAGCGCGAGAUUCGCGUCGCCAAGAGAUUGAUUAGGAAGAUUGGAGGGGGCUCGGACAGCUUCCGCGAGGGCGACAAGAUCGAGGCGGAUUAUCGCGGCCGGGGCAAGUUCUACCCCGGCAAAAUUAGUAGGGACCGCGGGGACGACACGUACGACAUCGACUAUGAUGAUGGAGAGCGCGAGACGCGCGUCGCGAAGCGGCUCAUCCGGUCCAAGGAGGGCUCGGGCGGAAGCUCGAAGCUCGAGGAAGGGGACAAGGUCGAGGCGAGAUAUCGCGGCCGGGAGAAGUAUUACCCCGGGAAGAUCACAAGAGACCGGGGCGACGGGACCUACGACAUUAGCUAUGACGAUGGGGAGCGCGAGACGAGGGUCGAAGAGCGCCUGAUCAAAAAGAAGGACGGCGGCGGCGGCUCGGACAGCUUCCGCGAGGGCGACAAGAUCGAAGCCGAUUAUAGAGGCCGCGGCAAGUUCUAUCCGGGCAAAAUUAGCAGAGACCGCGGGGACGACACCUACGAUAUUGACUACGACGACGGCGAGCGGGAAACGCGCGUCUCGAAGCGCUUGAUUCGGUCCAAGGACGGUGGCUCCGGCUCGAGCGACAAGCUCGAGGAGGGCGACAAGGUGGAGGCGCGCUAUCGCGGCCGCGAGAAGUACUACCCUGGGAAAAUCACUCGGGACCGCGGCGACGGGACCUACGACAUUAGCUAUGACGAUGGGGAGCGCGAGACGCGCGUGGAAGAGCGCCUGAUCCGCAAGAAGGACCGCGACCGCUCGCGGUCCCGCUCGCGCGGCGGUGAUGAUCGUUUAAGCGAGGGCGACAAGGUCGAAGCCGAUUAUCGGGGCCGCGGCAAAUUCUACAAGGGCAAGAUCUCUAGAGAUAGAGGCGACGACACGUACGACAUCGCCUACGACGACGGCGAGCGCGAGCUGCGCGUCGCCAAGAGGUUGAUCCGCAAGCUCGACGGCGGCUCGAGCGACUCGUUCCGCGAAGGCGACAAGGUCGAGGCCGAUUAUAGAGGCCGGGGCAAGUUCUACAAGGGCAAGAUCUCCAGAGACCGCGGCGACGAUACGUAUGAUAUUGCCUACGACGACGGCGAGCGGGAAAUGCGCGUCUCAAAACGGCUCAUCCGCAAGCUCGACGGCGGCUCUGGAGGUGACUCGUUCCGCGAAGGCGACAAGAUCGAGGCCGACUACCGCGGCCGCGGCAAAUUCUACCCCGGGAAGAUCAGCCGAGACCGCGGGGACGAUACGUACGACAUCGCCUACGACGACGGCGAGCGCGAGACGCGGGUGGCGAAGCGCCUGAUCCGGUCGACGGGCGGCGGUGGUGGUGGCAGCGAUCGUCUGGAGGAAGGGGACAAGGUCGAAGCUGAUUACCGAGGCCGAGGCAAGUUCUACCCCGGGAAAAUCACCCGAGACCGCGGCGACGACACCUACGACAUCUCCUACGACGACGGGGAGCGUGAGACGCGCGUAGCGAAGCGCCUGAUCCGCAAGCUCGACGGCGGCAGCUCCGGAGGCCGCCUGCGCGAGGGCGAUCGCAUCGAAGCCGACUACCGCGGCCGCGGCAAGUUCUAUCCCGGUAAGAUUACGAGGGACCGCGGUGAUGAUACGUACGACAUCGACUAUGAUGAUGGAGAGCGCGAGACGCGCGUCGCGAAGCGCCUCAUCCGGUCCAAGGACGGUGGCGGCGGCGACGACAAAUUGCGCGAGGGUGACUUGGUCGAGGCGCGAUACAGAGGCCGGGAGAAGUACUACAAGGGCAAGAUUUCGCGAGACCGCGGCGACGGGACCUACGAUAUUGCCUACGACGACGGGGAGAAGGAGACGAGGGUCGAGGAGCGUUUGAUCAGAAAGCGGGAGCGGGGCUCGUCGCGGUCGCGGUCGCGCGGCGCCGACGAUCGUCUCAGCGAGGGCGACAAGGUGGAAGCCGAUUAUCGGGGCCGGGGCAAAUUCUACCCCGGCAAAAUCACGAGGGACCGCGGCGACGACACGUACGACAUUUCCUACGACGACGGCGAGCGCGAGAUUCGCGUCGCCAAGAGAUUGAUUAGGAAGAUUGGAGGGGGCUCGGACAGCUUCCGCGAGGGCGACAAGAUCGAGGCGGAUUAUCGCGGCCGGGGCAAGUUCUACCCCGGCAAAAUUAGUAGGGACCGCGGGGACGACACGUACGACAUCGACUAUGAUGAUGGAGAGCGCGAGACGCGCGUCGCGAAGCGGCUCAUCCGGUCCAAGGAGGGCUCGGGCGGAAGCUCGAAGCUCGAGGAAGGGGACAAGGUCGAGGCGAGAUAUCGCGGCCGGGAGAAGUAUUACCCCGGGAAGAUCACAAGAGACCGGGGCGACGGGACCUACGACAUUAGCUAUGACGAUGGGGAGCGCGAGACGAGGGUCGAAGAGCGCCUGAUCAAAAAGAAGGACGGCGGCGGCGGCUCGGACAGCUUCCGCGAGGGCGACAAGAUCGAAGCCGAUUAUAGAGGCCGCGGCAAGUUCUAUCCGGGCAAAAUUAGCAGAGACCGCGGGGACGACACCUACGAUAUUGACUACGACGACGGCGAGCGGGAAACGCGCGUCUCCAAGCGCCUGAUUCGGUCCAAGGACGGUGGCGGAAGCUCGAAGCUCGAGGAGGGCGACAAGGUGGAGGCGCGCUAUCGCGGCCGCGAGAAGUAUUACCCUGGGAAAAUCACUCGGGACCGCGGCGACGGGACCUACGACAUUAGCUAUGACGAUGGGGAGCGCGAGACGCGCGUGGAAGAGCGCCUGAUCCGCAAGAAGGACCGCGACCGCUCGCGGUCCCGCUCGCGCGGCGGUGAUGAUCGUUUAAGCGAGGGCGACAAGGUCGAAGCCGAUUAUCGGGGCCGCGGCAAAUUCUACAAGGGCAAGAUCUCUAGAGAUAGAGGCGACGACACGUACGACAUCGCCUACGACGACGGCGAGCGCGAGCUGCGCGUCGCCAAGAGGUUGAUCCGCAAGCUCGACGGCGGCUCGAGCGACUCGUUCCGCGAAGGCGACAAGGUCGAGGCCGAUUAUAGAGGCCGGGGCAAGUUCUACAAGGGCAAGAUCUCGCGGGACCGCGGUGAUGAUACGUAUGAUAUUGCCUACGACGACGGCGAGCGCGAGACGAGAGUCGCGAAGCGGCUCAUCCGCAAGCUCGACGGCGGCUCUGGAGGUGACUCGUUCCGCGAAGGCGACAAGAUCGAGGCUGAUUAUAGAGGCCGGGGCAAAUUCUAUCCCGGGAAGAUCAGCCGAGACCGCGGGGACGAUACGUACGACAUCGCCUACGACGACGGCGAGCGAGAGACGCGGGUGGCGAAGCGGCUCAUUAGGUCCAAGGACGGCGGUGGCUCCUCAAGCGACUCCUUCCGCGAGGGUGACAAGAUCGAGGCGAGAUACAGAGGCCGCGAGAAGUACUAUCCGGGCAAGAUCGAUCGAGACCGGCGCGACGGCACCUACGACAUUGCCUACGACGACGGGGAGCGCGAGACGCGCGUCGAGGGCCGCCUCAUCCGCGCGAAGGAGUCAUCUUCUUCCUCGUCCGGCGAGAAGUUCUACCUCGGCGACAAGGUCGACGCGCGAUACAGGGGUAGGGAAAAGUACUACCCCGGCAAGGUGGGGAGGGCCCACGCCGACGGCACUUAUGAUAUCGACUAUGACGACGGGGAGAAGGAGACGCGCGUCGAGGGGCGGUUGCUGCGGCGGCGCGGCGCCGGCGACUCGCCGCGCGCGCGGUCGCGGUCGCCCGAGCGGCGCUCGUCUAGAGAACGUUCAAGGGAGCGGUCGCGGUCUCGAAGGUCGCCCUCGCCCCGAAGGCGGUCGCGGUCGCCGUCGCCUAGGCGAUCGUCCGGUUCAGGAGCGUUCCGGGAAGGCGACCGCGUCGAGGCCCGGUUCCGGGGGCGAGAAAAGUACUACCCCGGGACCAUCCGGACGGAUCGGGGCGACGGCACCUACGACGUGUCCUACGACGACGGCGCCACGGAGACGCGCGUGCGCGAGGACCACAUCCGCUCCCGGAAGGACGACGACGGUCCCGAUCUAAGGAGCGGCGACACGUGCGAGGCGAGGUAUAGAGGUAGGGACAAGUGGUACCCCGGCACUAUCAAGAGGAAGCACUCCGAUGGCACCUUUGAUAUUGACUAUGACGAUGGGGAAAGCGAGCGCAACGUCAAGGGAGGUCAUGUCCGAGAGAAGGGUCGACGAGGCCGCUCUAGGUCCCCGAAUUCGGAUGAUGACGAGGCUCGGAAAUUACGAAGGAAGCUCAGGGAUCUGGAGGACAAGAUAACUACGGACCGAGCGCGGUCUUUGUCUAGAUCAGAUGACAGGAGGAGAUCUCGAAGCCCGGACGACAUCGAGAGUCUGAAGCGGGAAAACCGCGAGCUCCGCAAGACGCUCCAACGGGGCGGCGCGACCUUCGGUGCCACGCGUUCAUCGACCUCUAGGGCACCGCCCUGGCACGGCAUGGUGAACCAGGACGACGACGUGAUAGACGAACUCGUGGGCGCCAUCGGCACGUCCCACGGCUCCGUGGGCCAGUGGCUGAACACGUCGGCGACGCCGCUCGAGAAGCGCAACUUCGUCGAGUUCGUCCAGUGCCUCGAGGAGUUCGAGGGCCGGCACGGGCUCACGCCGGCGAACCGGUCGGCGGACGACGUCUCGGGCACGAUCAACCUGGCGCUGGGGCCGACGAUCAAGUGCUCCCUGAAGUUCCUCGUCUAG